AUUGGUUCGUAAGGAGGUUCAGAAUGCAACAUGCUGCAAGGUUGGCGGUUAGAGAGCCGUUGCUAUCCAUUCCCACCAAGCUCCGAGAGCUUGUGUCGCCAUCUCUUGAACCCCCGCAUUUCGCACCACCGUAGGAACCUGCCCAAGAAGGACCAGAGGUUGUGCAACUGCGUGCCCAACGGUAUCGUACUCAACCUGGAAUAUACAUGUCUUACAUAGGACCAACGUGGCCGUAUCUGGGUGAUUCGAGAUGACCUUUAGUGACGGUAUCAAUGCGCUCCUUGAAACUUACUCGAACUGCCUUGCCCUGCUGAAGGCGUUUCGCCAAAGUCGGAAGGAGAGCAGCACAGCCGAUAUUCAGCAUCAGCAGUCCGCCCUGCGGAGAUCUUUGAAGUCAGACCGGUCCCUGGUUAAGCGCGCGUACUCAUCGAAGUUGUCCGAGUCGGGGAGCCGCUUUAAGAAGGGCGAUGAAGCUCGGGCCAUCUCGGCACUGGAUCGUGUCCUCAGGAAGCUGAGGAGCGCAAUCAGGGACCUGCUCCGCCUCCCUGGCAAGAAAGAGACCCUGGACUUGGACUACGAAUCGCUCAUGUCCCUGUCGAAUGCUUCUAGAGUCGAAGCAAUCAAGGCCAUCGACAGCCUGUCCCGUCGACUGGCUAGCCCAUCUCGAUCAUCUGGCUUUAUAUCGACGUCGUCGAGAACUUCCCCGAGCGCAACGUCGCCAUCCAGGCACAAACGCCGGCCAUCGCCUAAUGCAGAAGACGGACCCUCUGCAAAAGCCAGCAAGGGGGAAGGGUCACAGACCUCAAGCAAAAAGUCAUCACCGACGACCAAAGGUGGGGAAAAGGCGGCAAGCAGGCAACAGAAGCUGGCUCCCGAAAAACUUCGAAAGAUUCCACAACCGUCAUCUCCGCCUUCGCCGCCCCCCAAGGCUCUGGGGAUCCAGCCGCAGCGGCAGAUACCCAGGCUGAGGAGCGGGGAUUCGCUGGACCCGGAGGCGGCUGCGGCUCACAGGAUAUCCAUCAUGUCGUUCUCGUCGGAUAGCACCAAGUUGGGGCAGAUCCCGCAGCGGAAAUUGAGAUCCGUCUAUGUGGGCAUGACUGACCCGGAUGGUGAUGAGUACAAUGUACGGCCAGUGUUUCCGUUGAAGCCGUAUACCGUGGAGGUGAAGGAGCGGAGAUUCUGGGGCUUGUUCGGCCGGCGGCGCGAGGGUUGAGCGUCUGUCAGCUGAUUGUUGGUGAGUAGACUAGAAUGGUAUUUCUUGACGAGGUCAAUAGUGUCUACUUUCCAAUCCGUAAUGCUGGUGUUGAGGAACUCGUACAUGU